AUGUUCAACCUGGAACUCAUAUGGCUGUCCCACGCAACCCCCCACGUCGACCUCGUCUUCGUCCAUGGCUAUGGCGGCAACCCCGAAACCACAUGGCAUGAUGAAUCCACGGGCAAGAUCUGGAUCAAAGACGAAGAGUUCAUCACCCGCAUCAAGAGGCCUAUGCGCAUCUUCUCUUUCAGCUACAACGGCGACGUAGGCGCGAACCUGUCAUCGUCCAGCCCGGCGUUUCAUGCAAACGAUCUGCUAUGCUGCCUGGAGCAGGCUCUUGGAGAAUCUUCUGGAAGGCCGUUGAUAUUCAUUGCCCAUGGCUUUGGGGGCAUCAUCGUGAAAAAGAAUGCGCUGGCCGGCGUCGUCUUCUUUGGCACCCCCCACGCCGACACAGAUUCUGAGGCACUUUUGCAAGCCGUCAGAGGGACUGUCGAUGCUUUCGGCUCAGGAGUUGGAGUCAUGAAUCAGGAUGUUCGCGAGUUUGUUUCCAUCGUCAGCCGCAUCAACAGCGCCUUCAUCGCUUGUAAACCUAGCUAUCUGAGGCUGCUCUCCUUUUGGGAGAAACUUCCAUCAAGGGCCAGUACUUCGAGUGCCGACUCUCACAAGUCUCUCGUCAUCCCUCUCCAAUGCCGGAAAGAAGAACUUCAGGGCAAUACAGACCAUAUCAUAGACUGCAGCCACGAGGAGUUGCCACGGUUUUCGAGCAUAUUUAGCGAAAGGUUCAUGCAGUUCAUGCAGAUCUUUUCUCAAUUCCUCGUCGAUACGCUGUCAGAACGCACCGUGGCAACUAUUGCGAUGCCCGUUACCCGGGCAUCAUCACUGAGUCCGGAACGGCCUUUGCCGAUCGAAGAAAUCUCCGCCAUCGAGAAGCAUGACUUUCCAAUAAUCAAGCCUCGGCGAAGGACGUGGAGACUCGACAAUGAUAACCGGAGCCGGGAACGCAAUAACAAGGACAACAAAGAUGCCACUGCCAGAAAUAACUUUCUUCGCUCGCUGAAAGGCUGGUCCGAGGCCAAUUACGGGAAUGAGAUCUAUGUUGCUGCCGGAACAUGCGAAUGGUUCAAGGAUGGCUCCAUAUACAAGAACUGGCUCACCGACCCAAAAUGUGGCACCAUCUUCUAUAUAGGGGCGCCCGGACAUGGGAAAUCGCACCUCGCCCGCGCCGUUCAUACCCAUCUCAAGUCUUCCAAGCCGGACGACAUUGUCAUGAGCUACUUUUGCCAAAGGGGGGAAGAGAAACCCGCGAUCUGGGAAUACUUUACUUGGCAGCUGAUCAAAGAGUGGCCAGAUUGGUUUUUCCAUAUUCCGAUUCAGUUUCGACGCAGCGUUCAUGAGACGUCUCCUUCUCCCCUGGACCCUUCCGCAUAUGCAGAAAUAUGGACCUCUUUCCGAAGAGUCUGCUCGCCUCGAACAAUAUAUCUCAUAGUGGAUGGGCUAGAACAAACGCCUUCGGCCAACUUUGCAGAUUUCUUCGCCUUGGUAGAGCAGUUGAGGCAGCCCAUUGCUUUGGAGCCGGACAAACGAUCUAGCAAGCUGAUGGAGAUACCGACCAAGUUAAAGCUGGUAAUCACGAGCCGAUGGACGAAUGCCACCUUCACAGCCUCAAGCACGACCUCAUGCUGCUCUCUACCAGAAGACGACCUCAAGAAAGACAUCGCGCUGUACUUGGACAAGAAGUUCUUGGCUAUAUCCAACGCAAGGCCAAAGUCAGAGCAUGACCUGGUUCAGAAAAUCAAGCAACAAGUCAAUGAGAAGGCGGCGGGCUAUUGGCGCUAUGCUAAACUCGCGCUCGACGAGAUCGAGGGACUGUCUGGCCAGAACUCCAUCCACGAACUUCAGAACGACUACAUUCCAGCGAAGUUGGCUGAACUGUACGAGCACAAGAUGCUGCCGUUACUGCAAUCCGUCAACAACAGCGAGAGGCACUUGCGUACCGUUUUCACGCUAAUUGCUUCCGAAGACAUUGGCCUUGCCUUUUCUCUCAAGCAGCUCGAGGACUUUCUCGAGUGCUUGUAUGGUCCAGACGAUAUGCCUGCUGGAAGUCUUGCCGAAUCCAUACAAUCAUACUGCGGAGACUUGUUCUGGGUCAGCCCAACAGACUCACUCGUGUUUUCCGUCCACGCUUCUGUCCGUGACCAUCUAAACGGCUACCUUUCGAUAGAGCACAGGCAGACCAACAUCAUCUUCAUCUGUCUUACAUAUCUCCUUGAGGACCGCUUUCGCAGCCGCUUGCCUCUGACUAGUAGAGAGAGCACAGUGGAGAAAUUGGCCAACGCUGCGCCCUUUUAUGGCUUCGCGGCCCAGGGCUGGCUCAGCUAUCUUGCCAAGUUGAAGACGCUCAGUCCCCAGCUGAUACCGCUGCUGGAGAGAUUUUUGUCUAUCGACUGCCCGCAGUACCGGACAUGGCUCCAUUGGAGGUCAUGGCUCGUCAACGAAAAGGCUCAAGAACUGCCUCUGGAAAUUGAGAAUCCUAUGAUGGCCAUAGUUCGAGAAGGUUGCGUCGCUGUCAUCCAGCAUUUUUCCCCGUCUUCAGCAUCCCCUCUUGAUGCUUGGAAGGCAGAACCCGAGGGUUGGUACCGGAAUCUGCCGUUCAUCAACAAACGACCAUGUGGUGGCCAACUUGCAAGACAGUGGCCCGAUAUCACGGGCUUGCAUGGUCACACGCUCCUCAUGGCAGCAGCGCUGAGUGGAAGCCGUACCAUGGUUGAGCACAUAUUACAGUGGAAUGUCGACAGAACCGCGCGAGACGAAGGUGGCAGGACUGCUCUCUUGCUCUGCCUCACUUCAGAGCGACUGAUGAGCCCUAAAUCUCAAGCUCAAAAGGCAAAAGUAUAUGGUAUCGUCGAAACCCUGCUACUCAAUGGCAGUAGUCCGAACAUAAGUGACUACCACGGGAUCACUCCUUUGCACGUAGCUUGCGUGCGAGGUAGACUGGACCUUGUCCGGCUUCUGCUCGGGUUCCAUGCCUUGGUCAACGUCACGGAUUCAUGGGGCUAUACUCCUCUCGAAAGGGCAUACUCUACUGGUAACGUUGCUUUGGUUGAGAUGCUGCUCAUCAGAGGCGGUGCCGACGCAGAGGCGUGGAUGUUGGGCGGAGAGCCACCGCUGGCCAGGUGCAUAUACGACGGCAAGCUCGACAUGUUCAAGGCGUUUCUCCCAUUUGCGGACAUCAACCAGACUACCGUGCUCGGAUUCGCGCCCAUCCACUUAGCCAGCGAUGGAGCUGACAGGAUAGAGUUUCUUCGGGCUUUGCUACCCUGGUCUGGACUGGAUGUAGAUGCCGUCAGCUCAUCGCCCGAGAGAUUCAAGGUCAAAGGCAGCACUGCCCUUGGGUUUGCCAUCAACAGCCGUAACCACGCAGCACUGCAUUUGCUCUUGGAAGCUGGAGCAUACCCAGGGCUUCUGCCGGGGGUCAGCGUACCGCCGCUUCACGAUGCCGUUACCACUCAGGAUCGAUCCAUGGUGGAGCUGCUGCUGUUAUAUAGAGCGCCCGUAAACGGCUUCGUCCGUGGCUAUUUCCCCUUCACCGCGUUAGGCCAUGCUGUGGAUUUAGGCCUUGAGGCCAUCGUGGAGUUGCUCCUCCAAAACGGUGCAGAUGCGUCUACGGAGGAAGGCUACGGCGUCACAGCUUUGAUCGAGACAGCGGUGACGAAGGAGGGCCCCCCUAUUCCCAAAAUUUUACGGCGACUGCUGGAGUCACGUCAUCCUCCGAAUGUCAACUACAUCCGAGACGGAGAAGAUCACUGCAUUGCAGGGGCCGUUGAGCAAGGCGAUGUCGAAACUGUUUCUCUUCUACUGGAGCAUGGAGCGGAUCUGAGCAUGUAUUUCGAAUCUGGAAAGAGAGUAUCACCACUCCACACGGCUGCUGGACAAGGAAAUGUCGAAAUAUGCGAUAUUCUGCUGAAGCACGAACCCCGGCUCCUGGAUCUGCAGAUGGAAAAGGGAUUUAUGAUUGAAUCCCCCUUAUUUGAGGCGUGUCAUCGGAAACAGAAAGAGACUGUCCGCUUUCUAUUGGAUAAGGGAGCAAAAGCAGACCAGGUCAGCUACUACUAUCAGGAAUCUCCGUUGUUUACGGCCUGUGAUGUGGGAAAUUUGGAAGUCGUCAAGAUGGUCUUGGCAGCAACGCCUCACAUGGUCAACGUCCCUUCGGCUUUCUACUGCACUCCUCUUGCAUAUGCCUGCGCCCAUGGGGACCUAGAAAUGGUCAAGCUGCUGAUUGACGCCGGGGCGGAGAUCUAUCACUACAAAGGCUCUGACACUACAAGCGCCUUCAGCCGGAUUUUCGAAGCCAAGGGGGACAAGCCGUUCAAGACGCUUCAACUAUUACUGAGCAGCGGUCUGGACCUCCACGCCGUUGACAACGAGACUGGGCUCACCGUUCUCGGUCAAGCUAUCGUAGAUGCCGAAGCGAGGCACGUCAGAUGGCUUCUCGAGCAUGGUGCUGAUCCGCUCCGUGCACAGAGAGGCCCUGGAGCCGAAGGGAAGUGGCGGACGGCCCUUCAGGUGGCUGCCCAUACAAGCAAUAAGAAUAUCAUGGCGAUUGUGGACUUGCUGCUGGAGCCGCGCUGGGGUCUAUGGAAUCACUUGACGCACAAGGACUACCAUGGAGGCACUCUGUUGCCCGUAAUGGGUCGAUCGCGGAAGAAUCUGCCAGUCAUCUCCCGCCUAGUGUCCGCAUGCGAUACCAUCUUUCAGGAGACAGGCAAGGAUGUUUUCUCUGCCAUUGUGGGCGAACCGAAUCUCAUCGGCCUCACUCCAGUUGACUGCGCCAUGGACCAACUGGAUGCGAAGCCCGAGGCAUUGCCCGAGCUGGACAAGCUUAUCGUCUUUCAAAUCGAUGAGCUCCUCGCCGGGCCGCGGACCAUGGAGAAACACCUCCUCGCGCUAGAUUACGUCGUCGGUCUCCUUUUUACACGCGGAGGGUACGAGAAUGAAACAGCCGUUCUGGCCGAGUACAUUCUCACGAGACCUCGAGUUCGAUGGGAUGAUGACAGCUAUUACAUGGGAAGAGUUGCCCUACAGUCGUGCUUUGUCUGCGACGAGUCUAUCUACGACCCUUACGUCUACUGCAUUCUCUGCGAGAGCUCGUGGUGUGCGGAGUGCAAGGACAACCAGGACACGACCAGUCUACACGAGCACAAGUGGUUCCCCAUGAACCUUCGCAAGGAUCUCGAUAUCAACGCGCCAGACAUUCAAAAAACUCUGGAAAGGCUCCGCGCACAAUUAACUCCUACAUCAGAUGGCGCCACCGAUGAACAACCAACCGAGGAACCACUCACCGUCAACGGAAGCUCCUCCAGCAACAGCCAGGCGAACGAGGAACAAGUCAAUUCACCUCCUACAAACCCCCAAAGCUCCCUCCCGCUCGCCACGCUGCACGCCUUCAACUUCCUAGCCAUCAGCAGGCCCAUCUGGACGCCCUUCCUCCCCCUCUCCCCAGCAACCCAAGCCCUCGUCGACCCCUGGCUCGCCCAGUGGUCCGGGUCAGACGAAUAUCGCCGCUGGAAAGAAAAAAUGGACCGAAGGACCAUGGACUUUGAAAUCUCCCCAUGGAGACGCUUUCAGGAGAUGCAAUAUCUGAAGCGAGGGUUCACGAGAGCGUAUAUGGAUUAUGAAGCCCUGAAGCGUGAUUUUGUGCUCUCUGAUGUUCGUCGGCUGUUUGCUGGUGAAGAAGAUGGUGGCGUUGAUGCGAGAUCUGCGGUGCCAAAGGAUCGGCCAAAUUUCAUGAUGCUACAGCUUAUGGUCGUCAUUGUUGUCUCACCAAGAUAA